UCUGAACGCGCGCUGCGCGAGUGCCCGUCACAUCGAGCGCGUGCGGGAACGCGGAUUUGAGCAGCAGGUCUGAUGUGUGGACGGAGAAUACAAACGGGGGUGUGGUUUGGGUCAAUAACUACCACAGUUUACGGUAAAAUCAAAAUACUGCAACCCACCGUGAAGGUGGAGAGGCUGCGUUCGUGAUAUCACAAGCACGGGACUUGUUUUGUGCAAUUCCUGUGAGGAGACGCUUUACGCGCUCGUGGCAUUCUGUGGACGGUGAUUCUCGUGUCGAUGCUUUCAGACACGAAGCUGGUCGAUGGAAAGGAUGAGAAUGGAAAGUUCCCACUAAACUGGCUUUUAUUACAAUAUGGGAUGGAUUGUGCAGACGGACAUUUACACGUUUGAUUUGAAUUUGGGACAACUGAAUUGAAUCUUGUUGGUGCAUACACGUAAAGAGACUCUGCAGAUCUGACUGACUGACUUACAUAAGAGCGCUUUGUGUUAGAAAGCAGACAAACUGAAAUUCAGCGUUUUACACGACUGAAAAACACAGAGGAUAUAAGACCUCUGACACAGGAAAUAUUUUUCCAUGCUUACCUGGAUGAAAUGUAGAUUGAUGGAGAAGAGGAAACAAAACACAUACUUCUUAAACUAUGAUUGUUUUUGGUACACUAAGAAAGUCUUGCUUUGAAAGACCAUUAUUGUUUUGAAUACCUAAUAUCUGCCGUCACUCCUAAGGCCCUCAUUUACCUCGACUGUCAGCAAAUGAAAUUUUUGCUUUAAAGAGCAUACUGCAACUACAGAAAGAUGAACAACAAUCUGCAAAACACAAACAUGUUUACAGUACAAGCAGACGUCAUAUUUCACGCCGCAAACCUAGACUCUCCAGAACCAUCUCUCCCUUCUGAAGGGAACAAUAAUCUCCCGGCCAUGGGGAAAAUGGGAAUUCCCAGCAUGGAUAUACAGCAGGGUGUGUGGGAUACAUCCGAAUCGGGAGGAUUGACUGACAGCAGGAGUCUGGGACAGUGUGGUGCAGUAACGGGUGCAGAAAACGCACAAGAUGCCGUCUCCAGUGACAGUGGAUUUCAAGAGCACAUUCAGUCUGUGGACACAACAUCUAAAGCACAACAUUUGGACCUCAGUUUGAGAAAUAUAAGUGAACUUUCAGGUCGAGGAAAUGUCAAAGAAACGAAUGGAGCAAAAGUAACCACCUCUUUGUGUUACGAUAGAGACAACAAGGAGGAAAUAGAGAAAUUAUCUAAUGCUCUCAGAGACACUGAGGUUGUUCGGAGACGGUCUGACAUUAAAAAUGCCACCUCCGUGUCGGAGGACAGAAAUCAUUCCUAUUCCCAGGAAACGAGGUCAGUUUGCUUUAUAGGUUCCUCUGAAGGAGCAAAUCAGACUCACUACAGAACAUUGUACGGACAGACGGGGCUGGAACCGAGCCAAGGCCAAAAGCACAGUGGAUCUGCAGUAAGAGCGGCUCACUCGGCAAAAGAAGAGCCGAAUUUAGUCAUAGAGGUGGGCGGACAGAAAAUCCAAGCACACAAGUCGGUAUUAGCUGAGAAAAGUGAUUAUUUUAAAGCCAGGCUUUCUCGGGACAUACUAAAGGUAAAGGGAAUGAGCUACAAGACCUUUUCUGUACUUAUCGAUUAUGUUUAUUCAUCUCAGAUGAACGUAAACAAAGACAACGUCGUGGACGUCAUCACAGGCGCAAAGAUAUUGCAAAUGCCCUGCGCGGUGCAAUCUGCGAUCGAUGCCAUUUCUACUCAGCUCACUCCGGAGAACUGCUACGAAAUCCUGACUAUCGCCAAAAAGCAGCGAUUGAAUGAACUGAAAGAAACGGCUUAUCGUUUCAUGAGCGACAACUUUCUCCAAGUCCUGCGAGAUCCGUCCGUUUACGGGCGCCUCACUGGCUCGGAGAGAGAUCUGAUCCUGCGUAAGCGGAUGGAGAGCCGCAAAAGUCUGAUGGUGGCGGAAAUUAAUGAUGUUUUUGAGCGCGUAGGGAGCAGACCACCGAGCAGAAACAGCAGUCGACCCCAGAGCCCUCUCUCCAUCACAUCCUUUGAGGAUAAUCACAUGAUCUACUACUACAACAAAAGCACUAAGGACUGGCACACCCUGACCGUCAUGCCAGACGACAUCAACACCAAGGGCUGUGGUAUCUGUACCAUGUACAACUACUUGUUCGUGGCAGGUGGAAUCAGGGGAACCGGGGACAAGAGCAAGGUCUCGGAUAAAGUGUACUGUUACAAUCCCAUCACGGAUCGCUGGAGCGAGGUCCGACCCAUGAGCCAAGCGCGAUCGCAACUCAAACUCGUCUCCAUGGACGGGUAUCUGUACGCCAUCGGUGGCGAAUGUCUCUUCACGGUUGAGAAGUACGACCCUCGCAUGGACCGCUGGACUGCGGUGGCUCCUCUACCCAAAGGAGGCUUUGCAGUGGCGCAUGAAGCCACGACCUGCAACGGAGAGAUUUACGUCUCGGGAGGGUCUCUGUUUUAUCGGCUGCUGAAAUAUGACCCUAAGAGAGACGAAUGGCAGGAAUGUCCUUACAACAACAGCAGGAAAAAAUCCACAGAUAUGGUUGCUCUCAAGAGCUUUAUCUACCGAUUCGACGUCAACCGUGAACAGGGCAUCAGCGUGUUUAAGUACAACACCAUCGUAAAGAUGUGGCACGACUGUGCGACCCAGCAGCAAGGCUGCACGCUGCCGUUUCGCUGUGCGGUGAUUGAUAACUGCAUCUACUGUGUGAAUAAAUCUCAGACGCUUCAGUUCAUCAUAGAAGAGGACGGAGGUCGGUUCAAGGAAGAGUUUCUUAAAGCACCCACGGAGGCUAAAGGCAUCUUAUUUCCCUUCGUUCUCAGUUUGCCUGAGAGAGGUGGAAGAUUUAUGUGACCCUUUUGAGUUGCUCCAAAGUUGGAGAAACUGAAUGCCUGAUCAAUAUUUAUAGAUUACACUUUAUCUCCCGAAAAGUUCAAGGUGUCAGCACAGCUUGAAUGUGCUGGAAUGUUUUUCUUUGCAUGGUAGACGCCUUAAUACUCCACUAUUCAACUUUGGUAGGGUCAAUUCAACCAAAAUGAAAAGCAUGUUAUUAAUUACUCGCCUUUAUGUCGUUCCACACCCAAAAGACAGACGAGAAUACUUGUUGGGCUCAUAAAGUCAGUUUUCGACACGUAUUAAUGAAAGCAGCACAUGCUUAUGUUAAACACCGGCAUUGUGUGUCAGCCAUAGAUAUAUAUGUAUACAUAGAUGCCGAAUUGGAACGAUCAAUAGAUGUAAGCGUCUAUUUAUUUAUGGCUGUCAUUUAAAACACAUGUGUGCGAUUCUUUCUUUAAUGCCAAGUUCACACUACAGGAUUUUAAGCCCGAAAGUCAUCGAGCUUGCCAGUCAGGUCGGGUUGUGAUCAGCGGUUGACAAUUUUUAUGUGUGUACUAGUCAACGAUGUAUCAAAGAGGCUAGGUGAUGCCAGACAAAUAUCUAGCAUGAUAAGCUGAUAGCUGUCGUCUUCACUCAACAUCCUGUGAUGUCACAUGUCUCGAUGAGCUACAGCCAAUGAAAGCAAGGCAUGGGUUCAGGUACACACGCAUGGGUGAUUCUCACAAAAUCCAGAUUUAGCAUCAGAAUUUUUAAAAAGUCCUUGAACCCAUUUUUUUGCACAUAUAAGAUUAAGGUCUGAACCUUACUGUACUAAUUAGUUUUAGAGGAUUUAAAAAUAUUUCCUAUAGAAUUAUUUACAUUUUUUAGAUUAUCAUUACCGCAACAUGAUAUUACAUUAAAUAUAUGCAUUUACAAACUCAUGUUUCAGUAAUGAGAACUAAAAAGUUGUCUAGAUACUAUGACAAACAAAAUUUUAAAUUUAUUUCAAGAGAAAAAAUAAGAACUGCUUACCUGGUAGCCAUCUUGAGUGUCACAGUCAAUUAUGUCCCUUCCAAAAAUUUGUUUUUGGAAAAUGUUAGUUCCUUGAGGGCUUAAACAAUGAUUGAACAUUUAUAUUCCUUAUUAUUGUCUGUACAUUUACCAAUUAUCACCAUAUAUCACAUGUUUCUUUACUGUAAAUGUUUAUAGUAUAACAUGCACUGAAGCUUUUUUUUUAUUUUUAAUUAUAAAUAUUUCCUUGUCAAAGAACCCAAAUCCAGUCAUGGACACGUUGCAGUAAUGAAAAUGUUCCUUUUAAAUGUGGAAAAAAACAACAAAAUUGGUUUUUAUGAUGUCAUUUGAAAUCAUGUGCAAAAUAGUACACGAAGAGAUGUUUGUAACUGUAUGCUUUUUAUUUUGAUACUCUUACUUUGCAUUUACUUUUUUUAUCAAAAUGUUUCAUGACACCUCAUAAGUCUAAUUUCGCGAGAAUCACCCUUAUGUUAAACACCGGCAUUGUGUGUCAGCCAUAGAUAUAUGUAUACAUAGAUGCCUCAUUCGAAUGCUCAAUAGAUGUAAGCAUCUAUUUAUUUAUGGCUGUCGUUUAAAACACAUGCAUGCGCUCCUUUCAUUAAUGCCAAGUUCACACUACAGGAUUUUAAAGGCGGGGUGCAUGAUCUCGAUUUGAAAUCACCUAAACAAACACGCCUCUACCGCAAUAAAAUCUGGACCUUUUUUUGAAAAUCCCGCCACACACAUAGCUGGUUAGUAGACAGCGUGUUACAAGUGUGUUUUGGUACUUGGCCCAACUCCCUUUCCCAAAGUGUUUUUCAAAAAUCAUGCAUCAUUUCAAGUCAUCAAGCUUGCUGGUCAUGUCAGGUGGUGACCCAUAUUUUUUCACCAAGAUUGUUUUUUCAGAGCAGAUAAUAAUGCAAACAUCUUGCUGCGCUAGUUUCUUUCUGAAGUCCAUUUUUAAAUAAACAAUUCCUGUUUCACGGUUGUUUCGCAUGCCUUUCCACGUCUUGCAUGUUUUUUCGCGACAAAACGUGGUUUAGGGUCCAGAUAGAGUCGGUGGGUUUUUUUCAGCUUGUGUAGUGCUUGACUUCCUGCUGCGGAUCAUUCACCUAGUGUGAACACCUCAAUGAUUUUAAGACUUUACAGAGAGCAAAUAAUGUAGUCUGAACUGCACAGCGAUCGGCCAACUGUUAAAGUCGCACUUUCUUUGUGUGAACUUGGCAUAAUACACGUCGGACACUGACUUUAUGAGCCCCAAAAGUAUUCUCGACGCUUCAUAAAAUGAGUAUUGAACCACUGUAGUAACUGUAGGACUAUAUUAAUAAUGUCUUUAUUGCCUUUCUGGGCCUUGAAAGCUGUGAGUUGCAUUGCUUUCUUAAAGGGAAAGUUCUCAGAUUUCAUGAAAAAUAUCUUGAUUUGUGUUUCAUAGAUGAAUAAAGGUUUUACAGGUGUGGAACGACAAUGCGCAAUGACAAAAAUGUCAUUCUUGUAUGAACUGACCCUUUAUGAAAGAUAUAUAUAUAUAUAUCUUAGUUGUGCAGUCUCUUUCAUUUGUUUUGUGCACUUUUGUAUCUAAUAGUAAUUUGGUUUGAACUGGAAUUGGUCCGUGUGAAAUGGAGAGCACAAAUAAACAACUAAAGCACAUGACGUAAUAACAGGACCUUGUUUCCUAGCAACAGAUUCUAUGCAAAUAGAUGUAAGUAUUAAAUAGUUAAAUAAAUCUUGAAUCACAGAAAAGCCUAAACGAACAGCUUUGACACACAUAGGCCAGUGAAUUAAGGCCCUGAAGAAGCAGCCAUACGUUAGAGUAACGUUACGAGCACAAAGCACUUCUAUAACUGCUGCUGUCUCAGAUAUUACUAGAUUAGAUGUUCAAUUGAACUGUUUAGUUCAUUAUAUUUAAAAUAAGCACUUAAUAUGGAGGCAAACAAACACGGAGGGUCAUUCCUCAUUAUUGAAUCGUUGCCAAAGAUAAACCUGAUUUUGCAGGCAGUUAAACAUUAAGACAUUACAUUCUCAUGAGCAAUACAUUAUUAUCAGGCAAUAUGAUGUUUGGGAUUUGAGCACAGUCCUCUUUAUUACAGAUACAAUUUAAAAAACACUUUCUUGUGGUCAAGCAUUUCAGAUAUUGAGGAUUCUUCUGCAUUGAAGGGAAAAUAUUAUAUUGGUUUUCUAUCCAUGUUAUCAAUCUAGGGUAUCACUGUAGAAACCAUAAAAAUGAGACGAUAAAGAAAAACCAGCAUGUACUAUCAACACAUUUAUAUUGUGUUCAUAGCAUGCCAUUCAUCUUUAUAAUUCGGAUGCUGUUUGUUCACCUCCUGUGACAUCUGGAGUAUUUUACUACGAUUUUACUUCAUGCUUCAUAUACUUUGUGCUGUGUUAAAACAAUCUUUCAUUAAGUGAAUUUGAAUACAGGCAUGAAUGUUGCUACGAUUAUGAACGUGAAUGUUUUUGUGACUUCAUGCCCUUGAAAUUCCCCUCUGUGCUUUUUUACUUUAACAAACGUUGACAAGUACCACACCGUAAUAAACACUUUGAGGUUACAAAUAGAUAACCCAUAAAUCUUCCCGUUUACUUCCUUUGUGUUUUUGAUCUUUAUAAAUUAUGCCCGAGUGCUUCUAGAAAGAUGUGCACCUGAGACUCGGAUGUUGUUGCAGGUAACCGGAGUGAUGCUGUGUUUGACUUGGCUGUUGCUUGCUUACUGACAUGUAUAAGGCUAAUAUGCUAUUGAAAGAAAUGGCUUGAUGGUUUUACUUUUUCAGUGCCUCUGUCCGUUUAACAUUUAACAAACUAAUGUGUCUGUGUUUACAAUAAAGUUUUUUUUGUUGCUGUUCUCAGUCA